AUGACGGCGAGAAUAGUGUUCCGUAUCUCAGUUUUGGCUCUCCUGCUCUACCUCGCAGUAACUCAAAAAUGUCCUGCAAGUGGAAGAUCCGAGAGCUCCAUCAUUGGCUGGAUGUUACGGGGACACGUAUACGACACUCUUCUAGCCGAACUUCCGUUUACAUGCGUAUUCAAGUGUCGAGAAGACAAUCGAUGCCAAAGUUUUAACUGGGUAAUCUCUCUUCUCACCUGCGAGUUUAACAACAGGACAAAGGAAGCCAGGCCGGACGACUUCAUUCCAAACCCAGACAGAUCUUACUAUCCACGCGAUUUAAAGCGAGGUAAGCCAGCAUACCAAGGAGGGGCGGGGGGGAACUCCCUAUAAUGGCCUAUACGGGGAGGGUCCGACUGAAAGGGUAGCGUUUGUCAGGCUUCAGGUAUAUCAAAAGAGUUAAAUGAUUUCACUAUUUAAAGUAAAUGAAAGGGUAGGAGACUCGUUUAGGCCUGUCAAAGGACCUAAACGGGCUAAUAGAAGGAUUUUGUGGCUAAAAAAAGUCGAGAGAUUUCUUUUUUUCUGGGGAAGAGUGCGGUACUCGACAAAGUUUUGUACGGAGAGGCAUUGCAAAAAAUCAGUAAUAAAAACCACAACGUUUCCUCGACUUUUUCACAAGCAUGGAAUGCUUCUGUUAGCCCUUUUGAGCCUUUUUACCCACGGAAAUGACAGAUUUCCCUACCCUUUUAUAUACCUCAACUUGUGAAAUCCCUACCCUUUCAUAUACCUGAAGCCUGAAAAAGAUACCCCGUUCGGCCGGAGCCUCCUCAUAUAGUCAAGCCAUUAAUAGUGAGUAACUCCCCUCCCCCGGGGACUAAGUUACAUUUCCCAGAACUUCGCAUGAACAUUGUUAUUAUUAUUAAUCUGUAUUUUGGAUUAAAUUGAGCCCACGUAAUUGUUGGUUUUCACAUGACGUCACUAAAAUUCAAACUAAAAAACUAUCGAUUCUACCGUGAUUUUACUUUCACGAUGCAUUAGAGCAGCUGAAAACUAAUAUUCAUACAGAUUUUCUCCUCAAAAGAGUUCUUGGUUUUCUGAUAGAGGAAUUUCUAAGCUUUUGCGUGACGCGGCAUUUACAUGACGGCCAAGAGAGUUGUCAUGUAGGUUAAAAAAAUUACUUAUUUCAGGAAAUUUUGCUAUCUAAACAGUCGAUAUAUUAGAAAAAGUAUUACUUUAAUGUUUAUGAGUUUCUCGAAGAAUAAAUUCUCGCUUUUGUAGCAAAACUCGAUAACAGAUGUUUCUGUUGGUUUCCGUCCGCCAUGUUGGAGCUCAUGCAGGUGAGCACCAGCAUGGCGUCUCCAUACAAAUCUCUGUAAAUUUGGGUAAAACUUUUCUUCGGAUAUCUCGUUUACGAAACAUUCCUCUGACCUGAAUCUUGGCGAGGGUCUUUGUAUAUGUACCUCCUUUCAUUUCCCAAAUUUUGGACUUUAUCUAUUGAAAGGUUUUGAUUUUUAUUUUGAUCUAUUUUGAAUGGCGUGACAAUGAAAACUAGCAAUAUUUAUCUGACUGUACAAGAGACCGAUGCUCACAGAUUUCAAUCACAACAACGGUGCAAGUUCCAGAUGAAAGGCUUUAAGGAACAAAUUUAUCUGGCAACUUUUUAAGCCAUUGUGACGUGUACGUCAACAUUGACGUUACCAUGGAAACCGAGGUUUCAAAGCUGUGUUUUUCAAAAUUUGCACUUUCUCUUAAAAAUAGAUUUUAUUUUUAUUUUUACUAAUUGUAUCAUUAUAUUACACUUAAUUUAGCAUUAUUAACAUACUGUUAGUCACAUUUUACUGACAACUUGGACGCACAUCCUCACGUAGAAUAGUGAAAAAAAUAGAAUGUGCUGGAUUCGAUUCCUGGAACUGCUUCUUAUACUUUUACUUUUUCUUUUUUUUUUCUUUAUUUCUUUCUUUCUUUUUUUCUUCUCUUGUUAUUGUAGUUUUCUUUUUUUGUUUACAUAUUGUAGAUUUUUAUAUUUGUAUAUUUUCUUUUCCUUACUGACUCUUUCCCUUCCCUUCUUCUUCUUGCAGUAAGCCCCAAGUGUUGCUCCCUCCCGGGCAUUCAGUAAAAAUAUGCGUACUGAUAAAUUAAUGAAGAACUUUUUUUUGGCCUUUCAGUUCCCCUUGGUUCCAUUCAAGAAUUGCCAGCUGAGACUUGUGACGAAAUUAAGAGGAGUGAAGGACAGGCUGUCAGCGGGAAAUACUGGUUUUCGACCAUAAAAUCUGGAACAUCUGUUCUGGCUUAUUGCAAUAUGAAGACCAACGGUGAGUUUGAUCAGUUAUGUCAGUUAGGGACAGACCAUUAGCAAACCUAUCGGGGGGCGCGCGAAGUACAAAAAAAUUAUUCGCGCAAGAGAAAAUUAAAUGAAAAAAAAUUCAUGCACGCCAAUUAACCCUAAAAAAUAUUCAUGCUAUGGCCUAAAAAAAAUUCAUACGAAGAAUUUGAUAACGAAAAAAAAUUCCUGUGGCACCAAAAUCCAACCCCCCCGCGACCCCCACACUGGUCCCCCAUAACUUAUAUCCCUUACCAAACCAUAUGUAUUUUGAAACUGAUUUUAAAGUGUUUAAAAUGUAUUUUCAGUAUUUGAAUACUAUUUUCCUGUAUUUUAAUCCUAUUUGACAAAAAAAUUUAAAUUUUCGCCCCUGUUUGGAAUAUAUCUUAAGUGUAGUUAAAUUAUAUUUCAUCAAAAGGAAAACCUCUCUCAUCAAUUUACAAUGUAUUUCGUUUAAUAAAUAUGAUUAAAAUAGGGUAUUUCAAAUGUAUUUUGGGCAUAGAACCACUAACACUGUUACAAACAGAGUUCAAAUAGACUAUUUGAAAUAUGUUUUAAGGGCUUAAAUGCGACUGUUUUUUAAAUACUUUUAAAUAGGGUGCUUUAACACUGUUUUGAGUUGCAUCUACAAUGUAUUUUGAGGCGCAUCCACUCACAAAGUUACAAACAUAAUUCAAAUAGACUAUUUAAAAUAUGUUUUGAGAGCCUAAAUGCUGACCGUAUCUUAAAUACUUUUAAAUAGGGUACUUUAACACUGUUUUGAGUUGUAUCGAAAAUGUAUUUUGAGACGCAUCCACUCACAAAGUUACAAACAGAGUUCAAAUAGACUAUUUGAAAUAUGUUUUAAGUCCUUAACUACUGACCGCAUUUCAAAUACUUUUAAAUAGGGUACUUAAACACUGUUUUGAGGUCUAUUUGAAUUGUAUUUUGGGCACACAACACUCUGACUAUAAAAACAGAUUGUACAUAAAAUAUUUAAAGUCUGCUGAAAGACAUCAAAUGCUGACCUUAUUUUAAAUACUUUAAAAUAGGGUACUUAAUUAUUACUUAUUAUUAUUGAGGUGCAAUAUUGUAAUGUAUUUUGGGAUACUUAUACUCAGACUAUAAAAGUAACAAUUGCACAAAGUUAAUUUUUAAGCCUUCAUCGUGUCACGAACUCAUAAAUGACUCAAAACAAGCUGUCAUAUUGUGGACCGGAUUCUUCUCUCAAUAAAGCUCGAGGCGGAGCCAAAAAUUAAAUCUCCCAGCAAAUCAAAAAGAAAUUGAAAAAAGAGAAGAAAAUUAGGAAUAGAUUUUAGCUUUGACUGACAACACGUAACUGUGACAGUGUGCCGAUAAAGGAUCAAUCCGUUCCUCAAUGUUCAUUACCUGCAAGCUCUCUGCGAAAAUCUCCGCCUAGAUUUUAGCCGUGAUUCAAUUAAUGCAGCUACGGGACAUUCCAUAAGUUUUUUUAAAAGAAAAUUCUUAAAAUCACAUUUUAAUUUUCAUGUAGAAAUUUUUCGCAAACAGCCGAAGCCGCGGGCCGAGAACCGGAUGCACGCGGUCAAUUGAGAUUUGUCUAAAAUAAGUCCUUGAAAUUUCAUAAUAAUUAAAACAAACUAUCCAAGCUAAGAUCUCACCUCGUAUAUAUUGCACUAAGAAACAACGCUCAGAUCUGAAUAAACUCCGACAUAUGGUUAUCUUUCUCUCAUAGACUAUUCCGCACAUGCAUGGCAUAUUAUUUUUGAGAUGUCACGCGCGACUGAAAUCACGACUUCGCGCCGCGGUGAUGUGACAAAUGCACGUGAUAAGCAAACCGUCCUUUGUCCUUUGCUCAUUUCAAAUUAUUGAACCGGCGGUUGCUCCCGGGCGGUUGCUGUGAGCUUAAAUGCGCUUGAUUUUACUGUUUGUUACGAUCUUACAAAAGUACACUCCAACUCUGCGGAUUGUCGGAACACGUAGAUGUUGCUUUUAUCACGAAUCAAAAAUGGUUAUGACUCCUCAGCGACUGUUAUGUACUUUGAAAGGUUCUGGUUCAGGAGAAGAGUCCAACAGUCUAAUUGUAAGUAUUAAAUAUACAAUGUUACUAAGACGCUUAGAUAUACGCCAUAUGAGAAACAAAUAAAGGGUAGUAAACAUUUAUAUACUCGCGCCCGUACGGCAAUUUUACUUUUUACAGGAUUCCUUGCAGAGACUCGCUGUUUUGUAUAAAUGAUCUCAGUCACUUGAUGUCACGUCACCGGCCUCUUUCAUUCUCGCGUAAAUUUAUUCGUAUGCUGUUCUUUAUCAGCCACUAAUUAAUGUUCAGGCGUAGCCUGCAUUAAGCUUCUGAUGAUAUUUGAGUAAAGCCGUGAAUAUAGUAAACAAUGUAAGUUACAUGCAUGUAGAUUAAUAUUUACCGGUAACGUCAGUAACGUUAUACCCUUUUGAAGCCAAAGGUUGAUAGCCUGUGUACAUACCCCCCCACCCCUCCCCUCCGAGUUUUAUUGAGGGAAGGGGUCUGUACACAGGCUAAAGAUUGAUUUGAGCAUUUCUGAAAAAUUCCAUAAGAAUUUCCCGAGAAUUCUUAGGGAAAUCAACGUAAAGUAAUCGGCUAAGAGAUAAUUCUCUUGAAGUCCUAGCCUAGGACUGUGUGGAGAAAUUUCGCCGAGGUAAAUCUUGCUUUUUCAGGGUAAUUUUCGACGGUUUUGUAUUCAUUUUAUUUCAUGAAUUUAAAUGGUAUUUCCAUCCUGUUUUUGUACUAUUUUUAUGCUCUUUCGACCGAUUUUUAUACUGUUUUUGCAUUUUUGCAUCCUAUUUUUGAGGUAUUUAAUUCAUAAUAUAUGUGUGCUAUUGCUUUUCUUCUUCUGUGGUAUUUUAAUACUGUUUUCAAAGUAUUUUUAUUGUAUUUGCAAAUACGAGUAUUUUACUAAAUUUCGAAACCGAUUAAACAGCUAUUAAAAUAUAUUUUGAAGCAUAACAUUUUAAUAGCGUUUUAAACAGGUUAAAACACCUUUAAAAUCAGUCGAAAAAUAUAUCAAAAAUAUAUUUUUGUACCUAUUUUAAACCUGUUUUUUUCAAAAUACGUUUAAAAUUGCCAUUAAAAAUAGUUUUAAAAUAGUAUAGUAAAUUAAAAUAUGUUUUUGAAACUGUUUUUAUCCUGUUUUUAUUCCGAUUUAUAAGGUAUUUAAAAACUGUUUUUGACCUGUUUUGAGCCUUGCAAAAGCCCUGGAAUUUUUUAUAUAUUUUAAAAGCAUUUUAAAAUACUUUAAAAAUUCUUUUUUAAUAGCGUUUUAAACAGGUUAAAACACCUUUAAAAGCAGUCGAAAAAUACAUUAAAAAUACACUUUUUACCCUAUUUAAAACCUAUUUCACAAAACAGGUUAAAAACAGUUUUCAAAAAUAGCUUAAAAAUACAUUCAAAACAGUGUUGGAUUUGGUAAGGGAUGUAAUCGGCUACUGAUUAAGCUUGUUACUUUUUUCGAUAUUUCAUCACGCCGAAUCGCUGACUAUGUUAAAUCGGGAGAUGUAAACUAAUCAAGCACACCCAAAAAACUUGAAAAAAAGAAUUGUAAGCAAAAACUCAUGUUAGAUAGCAAUGAGUACUCUUUGUGUCACAUGUUGGGGGUUAAUGUCGUUCAUUAAUGUUUGUUUGUCCAGACAUUGACGAAUGCAGUGCUUCUUCUCCGGUAUGUGAUAUUAACGCAAACUGCUCCAAUACUCGUGGAUCUUAUCACUGCACUUGCAAGGCAGGAUUUACUGGCGAUGGAAACACUUGCCAAGGUAAAUAAGAUAAUUAAGCUAACCUGAACAGUUUCGUUCAGUUUAGUUCAGUUUAUUUCCCGUUACAGACUUUACACGGGUUACAGGAAAAUGUUGCUAUAGAUUUAAUAUGAAAGCUUGAGUUUUAUGGCCAAGUGAUAGCAAUUAUGUUUAAAAUAAAUACAGGCGAUGAACCAGAAAGAGCAAAAUUAAAUACAUAAAUAAAAAUAAACAAGAGCGUAAUACUAGAAGAGAUGUAAGAAACAGUGUUUUGAAAGAAGUGAGUUUAGGCAGAAUUAGGUAGUGCUAGAACUGGAUAUUUCCAUAAAAAACGUGUUUUUUUAAUUAAAGUUGUUUUUCUUAGACAUUGACGAAUGCAAUGCUUCUUCUCCUGUAUGUGACAUCAACGCUAACUGUUCCAAUACUCGUGGAUCGUAUGACUGCACCUGUAAGGUAGGAUACACUGGCGAUGGAAAAGCUUGCCAAGGUAGGAGAAAAUCCUUAUUAAGCUAAUUUGAAGGACAGUUAGUUUACUUUACUGCAGCUUUUCCAUCAGAGAUGGGGCAGCUCCUGGAGACGUGUGAUCAUUUAAGAUGGCGGCUAAUCUGAACGAGAUCGGCAUAUCCGUCGAAUCAGACCGUGUUAAGCUCCUGGUAUUGGACAAUAUCGGAAUGUUGUGUACUACGCUUCUUUAAGGGGUUGCCUAAAAAACCGCAGCGUUUGAAGCCAGUUAUUUAACGAAAAGUGAUGUUUAAAUUACUCAGCAAAAUCGUCAGUUGAAUGCCAUUAGAAAACUUAUGAGAGGUGGGGGGCGGGCGAAGUACAAAAAAAUAUUCCCGCAAGAGAAAAUUAAAUGAGAAAACAAAUUCGUGCACGCUAACUAACCCUAAAAAAUGUUCAUGCUAUGGCCUAAAGAAAAAUUCAUACAAGGAAUUUGAUAACGAAAAAAAUUCCUGCGGCACCACAAUUCCCAACCACCCCCCUCGCCCCCGCCCCCCGGUUCCCCAUAACUUAUAUCAGUCGAAUCGGCGACUGAUUCAGCUUGUUAAUUUUUUCGAUAUUUCAUCACGCCGUAUCGCUGACUAAGUUUAACCGGGAGAUGUAAACUAAUCAGGCAUACAAAAAAACUUGAAAAAAGAAAUUUUAUGCAAAAACUCAUAUGUUAAAUAAGAAUGAGUACUCUUUGUGUCACAUGUUUAACCUGAGAUCAGGCCCAAUUUGAGCGAGUCUCAUACAUUCUCUCUAACGGCUACCGCUGAAAUUUAAUUCUCUUUUCGUUUCGCCAUGCCCGCCGGAAUGUUAUUUACAAAGCGAAACGAAAAUAGAGCCUGAUCUCAGGUUAUCACAUGUUGGGGGUUAAUGCCGUUCAUUAAUGUUUUUUUGUCCAGACAUUGACGAAUGCAGUGCUUCUUCUCCGGUAUGUGAUAUUAACGCAAACUGCUCCAAUACUCGUGGAUCUUAUUACUGCACUUGCAAGGCAGGAUUUACUGGCGAUGGAAAAACUUGCCAAGGUAGGAGAAAAUCCUUAUUAAGCUAAUUUGAAGGAAAGUUAGUUUACUGCUGUACCAUAAGAGAUGGGGGAGCUCCUAGAGACGUGUGAUGGCGGCUAAUCCGGUGACGUGCUCCAGACCUCGGGCACAAAUUUCUUAAAUUUCCUUCAUAACUUCAUCGACACAUUACCACCAGUAUUUUUUGACUAUUUUACCUACCGUUUCUGAGUAAAACUACCGCUGUGAAAAUACUGUACAAGUAAAACAGGGCCUAUUAUGCACUGCCACGUCCUUGGCAGCGUGGAUUUGGAUUAUAAAACGUAUCGAGAAGGAUCUUUCCUCAAACCCUUUUCUUAUACAGAUGUGAACGAGUGUCAAAGAGGAUCACACUCUUGCCAUGCUCAGGGUCAGUGUGUUAAUGUUCCUGGCUCCUACUCUUGUAAAUGUUUACCAGGCUACACGGGCGACGGAAAAAGCAGAUGUGAAGGUACAUAUUUCCAAAAUUUAAUAAGUAUAAAGGACUGGCCAUAAGUAUGGGGGGGGGGGGUGUGCUGGGGACAGAGAAGUGGUGGGUUAUCAGUUUUUUCACCCAGUGGAAGGGGUGGGUCGAUCAAUUUUCAGCUAACCUUUGGUGGUCCGCAUAUCUAAUGAGCGGCACGGGUGAGAUAAUAAUGGGAUAGUUGGCCACAGUAAAAAAACAUAAAACAAAGCAAUCUAAAACUAUUGCUUUGAAAUUUUUUUUAAACAUCUUGACUUGUGUCUUUUUUUAAAAGGCAAUUUUAAUGCAAUUAAAUGUAUGAUGUUUGGUUUUUACAUUUCAUUGCUGUUUAACAUUCUGCUAACUUAGUAACCCUUGGACGUACAAACCAAGCGAACCACGUCGGCACGACAAUUAAUUAGAUACGAUAGGCUUUUUUAUUCAACUGUAAUCCGUUAAAGAAUCAGUUCCCAUAACCUGAAGGCUUUAUUGAUUGUGAUCAAUAAUAACAUAACUGGCUUUUACAGUCCUCUCAGUAAAUCAGCGAUCUACCAACAGCCCUAAUCCCUCCAUCAACUGUUGAUGUCCAUGCACGCGCUUUAAAUCGGUUUUGCCUUACACUUUUUUAACAGUUCCUACAAUGACGGCGACAAGCUCCUGCUCUAAUCUUCUUGUGCGUGACGCCAGCAAACCAAGUGGUACGAUUUACUCAACUCAUAGAUAUAGAGGCUCGGCAUACAGUAGUAAUAUGGAUUGUCGAUGGAAUCUAACUUCGAAUGCAGUGAUUGAACUUUUGUUCUACUAUUUCACCACCCAAUCGUCGACGGACUAUGUACGUGUGUACGAUGGUGACUCGAUCCCCGCACCUCUGAUUGGCGACUUUAGUGGAAGCUCCCUCCCAGCGCCUAUCACAAGUUCGUCCACCAAGCUAUAUGUGCGGUUUACAUCUGAUGGCUCUUCAGAGUAUAGAGGAUUUAACGCGCGUUACCGAGGUAUUUUUAUUGGUAGACAAGAUGAAUAGAAAAAGCUCUGUGAUCUUUAUUAGCGGGCUCCCUGGUUAGUAUGAUAAAAACUUCCCAGCCGUACACACGAAAACGUAACAACAAUCUAACAAUAUUUAUUUUCGGUUCAACUAUUUGUGCGAAAUUAGACUUUGAUUGUAUAUCUAGCUGGAGUUUUGAAAACGUUAGCCAAAAACUAUCUCCAAAGUAGCCAAUAUAAAAGCUAACUAGGAUGCAACCAGUCCUUUUUUUUCUCUUCUCCUCCUUUCAGUUCUCCUCGUUCUUGCCCUUCUUAAGUAGAUUAUAGGCCUUGGUCUAAUUGGUUUUAUUACGUUUGGAAAAUGACUAUGGCUAUUACUGGCUAUUACUUCGGCACAGAGGAUGGAGGAGAAUCAAAAUUUGGCACACAUAAAAAAAUCCUUGUCCUUAACAUAAAGUAUAUAAAUGCUGUGUUAAUAAGUCAUGUGAUAUGUCACGUGGCCAGUUUUUUUUUUAAUCUUAAAUAAUUGACAAACUGGUAACGGGUUUAAGGAAAGAAAUCAAGUAAUUGAUAACAUUUUUUCUCAUUCAUAUUAAAUAUUUCUAACACUCAAAGUCAAAGUUUAUAUAGAGAUUUUGCAAAGUAUUUAAGGAUAAAGACAAUAGCACUAGCCUGCAAAAUUGCUAGCGCUAAUCUAGGUGGGUAGUGGAGAGACUAUGUACAGUGUAAAUUUAUUAGUAAGUUCUACAUAAUUAAUAACCUAAAAAAUAUAUAUAUAUAUAUAUAAUAUUAAUAAGCUAAACAUAUAUCUAGCCGGAUUUUUGGAAACGUUAUCGCCAAAUGGACCUUUUCCGUCCAACAGUUUUCGGUCAAAAACUAUCUCCAAAUAGCCACUAUAAAAACUGCAAAGACUGCAACCAUUGUUUCUUCUCUUCUCCUCUUUCCGUCUCCUCACUCUUUCUUUUUCUCCUUUCCUUUUCUUUCGUUCUUGGCUUAAGAAACCUUCCUUUUGACGCCUUUUCACUCAAACGGCUGCAAAUCUCGUUAGGUUGGUUUUCAAAAAAUCAACAUGAUAUAAAGAUGUGCGAAUAGAUAAUCGAUGUUAAGGACUGAAAGGAAGAAAGUGGGUAAAUAAAGCUACUUUAGACAUACAUCUUGAAACUUAUCUAUACGGGUGGGUAUACCAACAUAAUUAUCCUCUCCCUUCACGUUUGGAAUGACUGUCCAUUGCACUUUCGUAAAAAUUAUGAGGGAAAACAUCAUUUUAAAUGCUCAAAAUUAAUCUUUAAUUCUUAGAACUUUAAUUCUAAACCUUGCGUACAUUCACUCCAAACGUAGAAAAUAAGUAUGUGUACAGUGUAUCAGAAACGCCAAUUUAUUUAUCCAAACAAAGUAAAUUCGCCACCAACUCGCCAAUUUCCUUCAUUUUCAAUUUUUGGUCGCGUGACAUUUUACGAGAACAUAAUUUUAAGGCACAAGAAGACCUCAAGUCUGCCCAGACCUUAAACCCUUGAGUUUUUACUUUCUUUCUCCUUCGUUAGUGUGAUAUUCGGCCAUAUCACUCGGCAAAUGACUGCAAAAAUUGCUGGGUUGACUUUCAAAAAUUCCGCUAGAUAUGUAAAAAGCUGUGAGAGAAGAAUAGCUAAUUAUGUUUAGAAGGUAAGUCCAGCUACCCCGAUUCCGGAGAGGAAACACAGGACAUAUUUAAUGAACAAGUCGACACUAGCGACAAAAGUCCCCCCGCCCCUGACCUUUGACCCCACUAAAACGGACUUUUAGAAAGCGUACAUUAUAAAAAAUACGGUAUAAAAUUUAAACCAACUUUACCUUUUAUUUGAACGCUAGCUGUGACAUCCGGUUCAGUUCGUCUCAAAGAUGGCACCCCACUGGCUGGAAGAGUUGAAGUGUUCUAUGAUGGUCAGUGGGGAACAGUUUGCGAAGAUGCUUGGGACAUAAAUGACGCUAACGUGGUCUGCAGACAGUUGGAUUUGUCGCAGUCAGCUACUAACGCUUGGAGCAGCGCCUAUUAUGGUCAGGGCUCCGGUCCCAUAUGGAUAGAUGACGUGGCCUGCUCAAGUAGCGAAUCACAUAUCUACGAUUGCAGACACCGUGGAUGGGGAAACAAUGACUGUACACACAGCAGAGAUGCCAGUCUGCAGUGUUCGGCUAACAUUCGUUUGGUGAAUGGCAGUGUUAAUUAUGGCCGAGUUGAAGUUUAUCACAACGGUCAAUGGGGCACAGUGUGUGAUGAUUACUGGGAUAUCAAUGACGCUCAUGUAGUUUGUCGUCAGCUUGGUUUCCCCAGUGCGUCCUCGGCACCUCAUCGGGCACAGUAUGGCCAAGGAUCUGGCACUAUCUGGAUGGAUGAUGUCCAUUGCAAUGGAACAGAGGCUUCAUUGUUUCACUGUACACGUAAUGGUUUGGGAACACACGACUGUAUCCAUUGGGAGGAUGCAAGUGUGGUCUGUAACACUUAAAUGAACUGUUUGCGCAUGGGGCCAUGCUUAAUUUGGGUUCAUAGAACAGGGGCGGAUCUAGUUGGAGGGUGCAGGGGGUGCGACCCCCCCCCCCCGAGAUAACCUGCGGUUUUCUAAUACAACUGGUAUUCUGUCAAAAAAAAAAAACUGUGUGGUUUAUUGGUGCUGAAGUAGAGCAAGAGAUGAGUGCACCCCCUCCUAGAAAAAAUCCUGGAUCCGCCCCUGUAGAAAUUCAAAUGUGUAUCAUGCCUAUUAUCUCAACACUGAUUCUAAAAAGUCUAAAAAGCGCUUACGUG